AUGCCAGUCUCUACCAAGCAAGUCGCACUCGUGGUCGGCGCCUCUCGAGGCAUUGGUCGCCAGAUUGCUAUCGAUCUGGCAAAAGAUGGCUACGCAGUCAUUGUAGCCGCAAAAUCCACCUCGGACGCCUCAGCCACGCACCCCUUCCCCCCCGACCCCAACUCCCUCGCCUCCACCAUCUCCACCGUCGCCCGCGAGAUCCGCGAAGCCGGCGGCGAAGCCACACCGGUCCCCGUCGACACGCGGUCCUAUGCCAGCAUUGAAUCGCUCGUGGCGCGCACAAUAGGCACGUACGGGCGGCUCGACGUGGUUGUGUACAACAGCGGGGCCAUCUGGUGGUCCUCUGUUGACAAAACGCCCAUGAAGCGCUUCCAACUGAUGCAGCGCGUCAACGUCGAGGGCGCAUACGGCGUCGUGCAAGCCUGCCUGCCGCACUUGCAGCAGCAACCCCCCACCGGCGAGUCCAAGGGCCGCAUCGUCAUCAUCAGUCCGCCCAUCUACUCGCGCUUCUUCCGCGGCAAGACGGCCUAUGCCAUGGGCAAAGUCGCCAUGUCCGUGCUGACUAUCGGCCUUGCUAUGGAUUUCUCCCGUCAAGCCAAAACCGACAUGGCCGUCACUAGUUUGUGGCCUGCGACUGCCAUUCAGAGUGCCGCCACCGCCAAUCUGCCGGCCGAUGAGGCGAGCGACUUGCGGACCCCGCAUAUCUUCUCCGAUGCGCUUAGGGAGAUUAUCAAAGCCCCCGUCCAACAGGUCAAUGGGAGGUUGUUGCUGGAUGAGGAUUUUCUGAGGGAGAGAGGUGUCACCCAGUUUGACCGGUAUAGUCUUGUGCCGGGGACGACGCCGAGGAGGAUUAUGCCCCAGGAAUUUCCCGAUUUGAGGGUGAAGGAGCAGGAUGACGAGGGGAGGAGGAUGGAUAGUACGGUUUUGAGGGCUAACGCGAAGUUGUGAGGGGUUUGGGCGGGUGGUGUAGUGCAAUGUGUGGUUGUUGUUGCAUUUUUUUGGUUUCAUAUAUGGCUGAACCGAUGUAGAAUAUACGCG